CGCGCCAGUCCCCGGAGCGCCGGCCGUCUCGCCGCCUGCGCCGCGUCCGCACCCCUGCGCAUACUCCAGCGCACCUCCGCUAGUUUCCGCUGUUAGCCACACUUCGUUGUACAAAACCGGGCGCGUCGUCUAACCUAGUCGUUCGCAGAUGCAUCGUAAAAAUACUUACAUGAUUAGUAGUGUUUGUGUUUACGAUUAAAGUCUAAGAAAUAGUAUCGAGUCCGGAGCUGGCGAUUUAGGUCGCCCGGUUCAGUGCUAGCAGCGGGAUAUUUUUAUUGCCACUGUUGGGUGCAAACGUAGGACGCCCGAACACAUUGCUAGACAAAUAAAUUAUUAUUUAUAGCGUAGAUUCGUAAAGCUCAUUCCAUAAACAUGUGUAGUCGAUCCUAACGAUCUUUCGUUACGGACACGGAACGGAUUGGAGUGAAAGCAGAGGAAUGUGAUUAUGUAUUAAGGGUGAAUUAGUGGCAUUUAGGUGUAAUCUUUGACAUUUGUGAAGUGCAUUUGUAAAGCGUUUCGUGUGUGGUGUAGCGAAAAUGCAUCACCUGUAUCCGAAGGUGAAGGGCGACCCACUGUGCCCGCUGGGGUUCCACCCGCAGGUGCGGUGGCCGACGCGCUGCAAGCGCUGCUUCCGCGACUACAAGGAGCACGGCGGUGGCGGCGCCAAGAAACCGGACGACUUCACCGCCUCCACGCCCAGCCUCUCCACCUGGAGCUCGCCCGCGUCACGGAAUCGUGAUGAAGAAAAUGGUGUAGCGGGGGAGAAGACGGGGCGCGGGUGGGCAUCCAGUACCAACCUCAGCGGCAAUGACACAAAGAAGGACGCCUUCUCCACAGGGUUCAGCAGAACCAGUUCAUCGUGGACGUCGACGCCAGACCUGGGGGCCAACGACUCCGAGAGCACGACCGCCGUCACCGUCAGCCUCAAGCUGCCCAAGCGGCGAGCCACGGGACCACUACCGACCUUGGACACGGGGCAAAACAACAUUAGUAAUAUCACGGACACGGUGACUUUACGCCGACCGUCGCCGUCGCCGCCACCGACCCCGGCGAACCUCAUUAUCACUAAGAAUGACUCCCUCGCUGAACGUGUGCGGAAGAUGAAUUUGUUAAAAGCUCAAAAUAGUUUUGAAAAGGAAUCAAGUAUAGAAAAAGAAAGAGAAAGAAGAAGUAUGUCUAGGAGCAAAGAGGAAGAAAAGCCACCGAGGCCUAAAGAAGAUAGGUCGUCGGUUAUUAAAGAAGACGUAAACUUCAUGAUGCAGGUAAAAAGCUCUAGAAAUUCACUAACAAAACCUCCGAAAAGAGGUGGACCAUCUCGGGACAAGGAAGAAACGUCGGAUGACGAUGCCGCUAGCACAACCACUGUUACAACAGAAACCACCUUAGUCGAUGCAAACGUAAAAGAAUAUCAGGACCAAAUAGACAGUCUGAAACACGAAGUAGACACGUUGAAGAGACGAUGUGAGCGAGUAGAAAAGGAAAAAAGUGACAUUUUGCUUCGAAGACUGGCAAAUAUCGACACGGCCAAUAAAUACACUACGGGGCGGUCUUCGGAAGUUCUAAAACUGCAACAGAAAGUCAAUGAACUUACUUCUCAAAAUGAAGACUUGAAAGACGAGAAGAAACAUCUUACUCUAAGAGUUAAGGAGGUUGAAUCUGAACUGGAAGCUCGACCAUCAGCAGAAGCGCAAGCACGACAGAUUGAACAGCUCCGUGCAAAAUUGUUAGCAGCAGAAACCUUGUGUGAAGAACUAAUGGACGAAAAUGAAGACAUGAAAAAAGAACUGCGGGACCUAGAAGAAGAAAUCGAAGAGAUGCAGGAUAACUUCAGAGAGGACCAGGCAGAUGAAUAUUCUUCAUUGAGAAGAGAACUGGAACAGACAAUUAAGAAUUGUAGAGUUUUAUCGUUUAAGUUAAAAAAGACUGAAAGGAAAGCGGAACAGUUAGAACAAGAGAAAAAUGACCAGGAAAAGAAAUUACUAGAGCUUGUUGGUGGUCAAGAAGGUAUGCAACGGGAAAACCGCAUCAAAGAAUUGGAGCAAGAAGUGUCACGGGCGAAUGAAGUGUCAUUACGACUGCAGAGAGAACUGGCUGACGCUAACGCCAAACUGACUGCGGCUACCGGUGCUCCGCCAGCAAACCUCAAGAAACCGCUACUAGGCGACGGUCAGAAAGUGUCGCGUUCGUCGCUGACUCGCGGUGGCAGUCAAGAGGACCCUGCCCAACUACUGAGGGACCUUCAAGACUCGUUAGAGCGGGAGGCAGACCUGCGGGAACAACUGCGGAAUGCUGAAGAAGAGGCUAGUCGAUAUCGACAACGCUUCGGAGGCCGAAGGAUACCUCUCGCACCACAAGUAACUUCCUCCAUCCAUCCUGAUCUUAUCCCGCAUCAAAACUCUGUCACUAAAAACGUUGACGAAUUAAAUGAACAAAAUUCUAUGAAACGUUUACUGGAAAUGCAGUUAUCACUUGAGAAAAGUCUUUCGUCUCUAGAUGUAAGCCAUAUAUCUAUUGGAGUGAAUCAGGUUGCUCAGGUACCUCAAGAUAUCACCCAAUUUUAUUCUGAAGGGUGUCAAACUGAUGUUGUGAUGGUACAUGAUGUAUCUACGGAAACAAGAAAAAUAACUCUCGAUUCAAGCGUUCAAUGUAAUCAGGAUACCUUAGAAAUGUACACGCAAACAGAAGCAGUAUUUAUGAAAACUAAAAACGUACAAACUGAUUUUGUGAAUGUGAAUGCAUUUACGCAGACUGAUAAGUUGAAAUUGAGAAAUGCGGCUGUGCAGACUGUCGCAAAACUUUAUAGCGAUAAAUGUGAACAAGCUGCCAGAAUAGAAAUACAAAAAGUUGAUUCAAGUACAGAGACUGAGGUUACCUUGGUUUACAAUAAAGGGACCAUAACUGAAAACGUCGAUGUUUAUGAUUUAAAAGAUUUACCGAGUACACAUGACAUAAAUAAUGGAUUUAAAGAAUUCAGCGAUCUCUUGCCCUGCCCUACAGAAAAAUCAGACAGUCCUCCUCUCACUCCCGAAAAAGCUACAGCUGACUCUUCCUCUGGCUUCUCAUUUCCGUUCGUUUCACUGUUCAGUCCGUUUGCAGUAAGAUUACCAACAAUAGGUCGCAAACUAUCACCAACGCCACCGACUAAUAGACUCGCUAUUGAGGCACCCAAUGAGAAAGACGAAGGAAUUUCCGACGAAGAGGACCCGGCAGAAUUACGCCUAUUGCUUGAACUUAACGAACAGGAGGCAGCGGUGUUACGGCGAAAGGUAGAAGAAUUGGAACAGGACAGAGACUCAUUGAAGACACAAGUUAAAGAACUAACGGACAAAAUAGCGAGCACCACGACUAAAACAACUACAAACUCUACAAUUAGUCUUCGUAGAAACAGCCAAACUAAAACAAAUAACUUAGCGGAUGAAAAGGUCAAAGUUUUAGAAGAUGAAAUAGCUGAACUGAGAAAGAAGUUAAUCGAGAAGGAACGCGACUGUGAAAGAUUACACGCAGAGCUCAGUUUAGCGCAGAAAAAACCAAAAGGUUCCCUGAUAAAGAGCAAAUCUUUGGAUGGAGACCAACAAAAUGUAGAUCUUAAAAGGCAACUGCAAGUCAUAGAACAAGAAGCUAGUGUACUUAGAGCAAAAACUCAAAGUUUGGAAGCCGACAAUGAAAAACUACAGGCUGAAAACAAGCGGUUACUACUGCUCAGAAACACAAAGACUUUAAAAUCGGACAGAUCUAUAGAACAAAAUGCCAGUAAAAUAACACAGCUAGAAACGGAACUAAAGGACGCCAUGGCUAAGAUUAAAGAAUUAGAAAGUAAAGAAGAUAAAACUGAAAAGAAAGUACGAUUUGGUGGAGAAGUUGGGAAGAAGGACGCAGAUGCUGUCAAAGUGAAACAAGAUGAACUGGAUAAACUCAAACUGAACUUUAAUAAGCUUGAAAAAGAAAACGCGAAACUACAAGCAACAUUGAAAGAAUUGAAGGAAGAAGCCAUCAAAUCAUUCAAACCUAGAACUCCAAAGAAGCUUACAGAUUUAACAACAAAGUUGCAAAUGAAAAAGAUGGUGGAGGAUUUAGAAAAUGAAAUUGGCGAAAUGUACGUGGUAAUGAAAAACGCCGGUUUGUCAACAAAAGAAUUGAAUGUAAAAGCCCAAUUAGAAAAAGACAUUGAAGAGGCUAAAUCAAAAUUAAAUAGGAACGAAUCUGAAUUCUCCAAUGAAAAGAACCGCUUACAGACCGAAGUAGGUAAACUAAAGGAUCUCAAUACAAAAAUGGAAACUGAAAAAUCUAAUUUGGUCGAUAAAUGUAAAAAAUUAGAAGAUAAGUGCAAAAAAUUAGAGACAGAUUUAAGUAACGCAGUCAAUGAGAAUAAAACUCUAAAGGAAGAAAAGAAAAGUCUGGAGUCACAAAUAACUAAACUCAAUGCUGAAAUGAAAACUACUUCUACAAAACAAACAUCAACGACAUCUGAUUUGACGAAGAAGAUAGAUGAGUUAAAGAAAGAUAUAGAAGCAAAAGAUAAAGAAGUUGAAAAACUUAAGAAGCAAGUAGAAAACGUCAGCAAACUGGAGCAGGAUAAAAACAAAUUGCUUAAAGAGGUUGGGGAUAAAACUAAGAAAAUAGGUGAACUAGAGAAGAAACUUAAAGACUCUGAAGAUAAAUAUAAGAGAGCUGAAAAACAACUUACUACCAGAAAAGAACGUGUAUCUAAAUUAGAAAAAGAGCUUUCGGAAGAGAAGGAGCAAGCCUCAGCUCUUGCAAGCUCCCAAAGGCGAAUGUCUGUGGAAUUCGUUAGUGAAAAAGAUGAAAUGCUAGCAAAACUCAUUAAAACUGAAAGUAAACUCAUUACACUCGAAGGAGAUAUGAGAGAAAUGAAGACUGAAUAUGAAGAUAAAAUUACUAGUUUGGAAUCAACUAUCGCUGCUAAAGAUGUCCAUAUAAAACAACUGGAAGAUGCUUUGAGGGAAACAUCCAACCAGAAAUACGACGAAGCAGUGUCAUCGGUUGAAAUGGCUCAAAUGAGGGAUAAGCUGGACACGGUAAAUAGAGAAUUACAGGAUAAGGAGGACGAGCUAGCAACAGCCAAGCAGGAUCUUAAACAGACUGAAAAAGAACUUUCGGCUCUUCAAACAGAAAUAUCACAAAUAAAAUCGAAUACAUCAAAAUUAGAAAACGAGAAAAAAGAUUUAGAAAACAAAUUGCAAACGGAGAAGAAAGAAUCGGGUUACUGGGAGAGCAAAGCCUCCGAACUUGAAACAGACUUGCAAGCAGAGCGAAAGAAACUGGAACGUAUGCGCUCUGCGCAUGAUAAGGAUACCAAGAACAAGGAGGCAGAGCUAGCAACUUUGAAGGGCAAGUUGAAGGUACUAGAACAGAGUUCAGGAGCCGGAGCGAAGAGAAUAGCCGAUCUCAAACAAGAAUACGAAGAGAACGUUAAAAAAUUGGAACACUCAUUAGCAGUGGAAAAAGCAGAGUAUGAUGAAUUAACAGGAAAAUAUGAAAUGCUUGAGGAAGAACACGUGGUAACCAAAGCUAGACUAACUGUAGAAAAAGAACAAGCUCAGGGUGAACUUAAUCACGUGCAAAAACAACUAAAUACAACUCUGGAGGAGUUGAAAGCUCUUCAAGGUAACUAUGAUACACAAUCCUCAGCGUGGACCAAAGAAAAAUCGGAAUUACAGACAGAGAUAUCAUCUCUACAAGAACGUCUCUGUGGUGGUGGUUGGGAAGUGGAGAAGGCUCGACUUACCGCCAAAUUAGAUCAACGUGAGCGUGAACUACGUGAUGCGGAAGACCAACGGGACGUUAUAGAACACCAUCACGAACAAGCUAAGAAAGAUCUAGAAGAAGCCAAACAAAAACUAGAAGACUACGAACGAGUAUCAAAGAUCCAGAGGAAUUUGACUGCAGAGAAUGUUGAAUUAGAACGCGAACUCGCAGCUUUGAAUAAUCGCCUGGAACAAGCAGAGAAAGCGCGAAAGACUGAGAUUACUGACACAAAGAUGAGGUACGAAGGUCAGAUGAACACAAUGCGUGAUGAACUGAAAUCCUUACACAACCAGGUGUCGAGAUUUAAACGUGAAAGAGAUAACUACAAGCAAAUGCUGGAAGCAGCUCAAAAAGCAAUGGCUGAAAUUAAAAACGGCGAUAAAAACGCUAGAACUCAUAGAAUGUCAAUAUCAAGCACCGAUGAGGAGGAAUACCGGAGCAAGGUGGCUGCUUUGGAGCAGCAAGUAGCAUGUCUUGAAGAUGAGCUCUGUGAGGCGAGACUUUUGUCCUCUAAGCUUAACACUGAACUCGUCAGUGAGAAAUCUGCUGCUGAAGUCCGCCUUGCUGAGAUGCAAUCUAGACUCAAUGAGUACGAAGAAGAAAGACUGCUUUCAUCAGGCCGAGCUAGAGUCGCGGGUCUGGCGACGCGAAUGGAGUUGGCUUGGCACAAAGAACGUGACGAACAACAGCGAUUGUUGCAAGAAACUUCGACAUUGGCAAGAGACUUGCGCCAGACACUGUUUGAGGUGGAACGCGAAAGAGAAAAGGAGAGGUUAGACAUGAAGAGAAGAAUAGAUCAGUUGAAGAGAACUACCGAAGAGGAAACCGAAGAGGCAAAGAAGAAGGUAUCAGAACUGCAAUGCGAUCUCUUAGAGCUACGAGACGCGCAUGCCAAACUGCGUACGGCCAAUGAGAAGCUGCGUCGCGACAAGGAGCGCCAUGACAGAGACCGCGAUCAAAAUAAACUUCUCGUAGGAUCACUCAAGCGCGCACAACAGGAGGACGAUAGGAUAAUAACACAACUUCUGGAAACCAUUGAUGACUUGAUGAAGCAGAGUCCGGAACUGUUCCGUAGCGGGCCGCCAGUCAAGCCUGAAAAGAGUCUGAUGACUCCAACGCCUCCUAGGAGAAACAGGUCGUCAAAGUCGCGAUCUCGUUCAGCGACGCCCGAGUCAGCGGAAGCGGCGGGAAUUGAGGCAGCAAAUACUGCUUCACGUCUACGCCGUCUUACCGACGAACUACGUGCUUCACGGAUUGCUGAACGCCAACGAAGACAACAAGCCACUGCUAGGCGAGCCAUGUCGACGGAGCCUCGCGACACGCUCACGGUGACGCCUGUGUCUACGCGCACACCAUCUCGCGCGCCGUCACUCAAGAAGCGGUCAAUUUCCCUCGAACAAACAACUAAGGAUCAGAGUCAAAUCUGGAAGACAGUGGACGACAGCAGCGUAUCUUCAAUGCAAUCUUUGGACGGAGACAACGAUAUGAGGCUCUUCACAAUGCAGAACCGAGACUCCAGUCUUGACAGUCGUUUAUCCGGUGGUUCGACCCAGAGUGACGUGCUGCCCUCAGAGAAAAAGAAGAAAAAGAGUAUCUUUGGUAAAUUUAAAAAACUCACCAAAUCUCGUUCUAUAGACGACCAGCCAGAUCCUGAAGUCGUGGAGUUUAGGCCAAUAGGCACAGUUUCACACGUUUCACAGCAGGGAUCAGAUUCAGAUAUGAGCGCGGCUGGCAGCAAACGAGACCUGCGCGGGCGGCUAUCAGACAUGUUCAGCCGAAAAGGACAAAUGUCUCGUGGGAACAGCAAAGAGAAGAGUCCGGAGCGGCCGGCGAGCGCGGCGGCGAACAUAUCAAGUAGUGUGGCCAACAACAGGCCUAUACUGCGCAACGCCAGCUCUACUACGCUACAACGUGCCUCGCCAGCUAAACCGAAUGAAGUCCCGAGCUCGCGAGCAUCGAGCGCCACUCCCGCGGCGAAGAGAAAAGGGAAAUAAUUGAUACUAUUCGUGUUUCGCUUCAUUUUACUGUAUUUAUCCAUUCUCCUAUGAUUUCCACAUAGCAUGUAAUAUCACAAUACAUAUCAAUAUUAUUAUUUUGUAUAACUAUCAGAGACACGCAUGAAAUCCUACACUAUGAACAGUUGAGCUAUCGAUAGUUACACAAGGCUGCCGUGAGCGCCACGCUACACCGGCAGUGACCGCUCAGUCCCUACUUCCCUAGUGCCCCAGCUGAGUAUCGCCAGGUUCGUUGACGUGUGACCUUACAACACGUCGGGAGUUUGUUAGCAACGUUUGUAGUUGUGUACUUGUAAUUUUAUAAUAAAAUUGUUGAUUGAUGA